AUGGGCAAUCAGGUGUUGGCUAGAAGUGUCUGUGUCACAGAGAAGGAACAGUUUGAGACCUCAGGUAGCAGGACCCUGAAAAAUGCAAGCUGCCCUUGCUUCACUGGGAAGUACAGUGAGGGAGAACAGCUGAUAGGAUGGUUCCUGAUAGCCAGCAUCAUGACCGUGGCACUGAUUUCAACAUGUGUCAGCCACUGCUGCUCCCCUGUCAGCUAUCUUCAGCUCAAGUUCUGGAAAUUUUACUCAAAAAAAGAACGUGAAGUCUUUGAGAAAAAAGCCAAUGAACAUGCAACCAAGCUAGCAGAAAGAAAUACAAAUUGCUUUUUUGAAGCCAUUGACCCGGCACCAUUUCAUACUCCCAGCAACACAGACUGGCAGAAGAUUUCAAUCUUUCAUACCUUUAAUUCACAAGAGCAGUAUUACAGCACGAUACACAAGUAUGUGAACACCAACAGAGGCAACGACACUGAAUUCGAGGAAGAAGGUCAAGAUCUCAACUGUUUCAGCAUUUGUGGAUGA